AAGGACAAACCAUGGACAGGUUGUGAGUGGACAAGAACUUAACCUCUUCUCUUUCUGGAGGGAAACAAACGGACACGUGAGGAACUAAACCGAAUUCUUGGCUUGCCGUGCAAGGUUUGACCUUUGACUUUUACCUCUUUGUGUUGCCGGUAAAAAGACGAGCGCAUCCAGAGAGGGUCUCAUAAGCAGACAGAGACCCCCCUCCUGAAGGUGAGAGGGGGGGGGAAGAUGGCAGCUCUUGCCAGUUCUCUCAUCAGACAAAAACGGGCAGUCAAGGAGGACCAGACCAACCGGCCGAUAGCCAACAAACGCAAGCCGUGCCCCAAGAGCAACAAGUCCCUUUGCCAGAAACAAAUUCUAGUUCUCAUAUCAAAAGUUCGGCUAUGUGGCGGCCGAAGAGGAAGAACCGACAAAAGACCGGAGCCGCAGCUAAAAGGCAUCGUCACCCGCCUGUACAGCCAGCAUGGCUACUACCUGCAGAUGCUGCCGGAUGGCACCAUGGACGGCACAAGGGACGAGAACAGCUGCUUCUCACAGUUCAACUUGAUUCCUGUGGGCCUGCGGAUAGUGGCGAUUCAGGGUGCGAAGACUGGCUUCUACCUGGGCAUGAACUCCGAGGGAUACCUCUACACCUCCGAGAACUUCAACCCAGAGUGCAAAUUCAAAGAGAGCGUGUUUGAGAACUACUAUGUGACGUACUCCUCUAUGCUGUACCGCCAAAGCCAGUCGGGACGCUCAUGGUACAUCGGUAUCAACCGGGAUGGCAAAGUGAUGAAGGGUAACCGUGUGAAGAAGACCAAAGCGGCAGCACACUUCUUACCAAAAGUCAUCGAAGUGGCAAUGUACAAGGAACCCUCAUUGCAUGAGCUUGUAGCGGAGCAGAGUCCUCCUCGCAAAACCGUUAAGACUUCAGACUCUCCCUCCCAACAGAACGGCAGGAAAGAGGCCCCUAGAGCCGAUGCUUCAUAGCAUAGGGGGCGCACACAGGGAGGGUGAGGGACCACGUUGACACUGAGAACUCCAUUUCCCUUCAUGCAAUGGGGGCAGGAAGAGCUGUAGGAGUGGCCGCUUACUGUGGGUUUCUGAAUGGGGCAAGAUACAGAGACAGCGACCCCCGGCUCACUGCAGUGAGAGGGCAACCCUCAGCCUCUCUCUAGCGAACCAGCCCACAUAUACUUCCAAUGACCU